AUGAAGUCAGUGUUUGUGUUGCAUGAAAAUUUAAUAUCCGUCUCCAAGGUGGUGCUCGUCUCCUCGAAGGAUAAGAAGCUUGGCACACAUGAAUUAGCAUUUUUUGUCAGCUCCCUUUUUAUAAACUUCAGAUGCAGAAGACUCACUGAACCUUCGGGGUACGUCACGGAUGGGCCUGGGAAUUACAAAUACAAGACAAAAUGCACCUGGCUCAUUGAAGGAAGGCCAAACACAAUCCUCAGGCUUCGGUUCAACCACUUUGCCACGGAGUGCAGCUGGGACCACUUGUAUGUGUAUGAUGGAGACUCCAUUUAUGCUCCCUUACUGGCAGCUUUCAGUGGUCUCAUUGUCCCCGAGAAGGACAGCAAUGAAACAGUCCCUGAAGUUGUGGCUACUUCUGGAUAUGCUCUCCUACAUUUCUUCAGUGAUGCUGCCUACAACCUCACGGGCUUCAACAUCACCUACAAUUUCAAUAUGUGUCCCAACAACUGCUCUGGCCGAGGGGAGUGCAAACUCAACAGCAGCACCAAGGCUCUGGAAUGUGACUGUGCCAAAUACUGGAAGGGUGAAGCCUGUGACAUUCCCUACUGCACCGAGGACUGUGGGGCUCCUGAGAGGGGCCACUGCAACAGCAAUGACUCCAAGGCCUGUGUGUGCUCCCCAGGCUGGCAAGGUCCUGGCUGUUCAAUUCCUGUUCCUGCAAACCAGUCCUUUUGGACCCGGGAGGAAUAUUCUCUUCCCAAACUUCCCAGAGCAUCCCACAAAACAGUCAUCCAUGACAACAAGAUGUGGAUUGUUGGGGGCUACGUCUUCAAUCACUCUGACUCUCAGAAGGUUUUGGCGUAUGACCUUAUUUCUGAGGAGUGGCUUCCCCUGAACAACUCUGUGAACUCAGUAGAGAUGAGAUAUGGUCAUUCCUUGGCAUUACACGAGGACAACAUCUACAUGUAUGGAGGGAAGAUUGAUGCCACGGGGAACGUGAGCAGCCAGCUGUGGGUGUUCCACAUCUCCAACCAGAGCUGGGCCCAGGUGUCUCCCAAGGCCAAGGAGCAAUACGCCGUGGUGGGACACUCUGCCCACAUCGUCACCCUGCGGGACAACAGCACUGUCAUGCUGGUCAUCUUCGGCCACUGCCCCCUCUAUGGCUACAUCAGCAAUGUGCAGGAGUACAACCUGGUGACAAAUACCUGGAGCAUUUUACAGACCAGUGGAGCUCUGGUGCAGGGGGGGUAUGGCCACAGCAGCGUUUAUGAUCCCAACACCAGAUCCAUUUACAUCCAUGGAGGUUACAAAGCCUUCAGUGCCAACAAGUACAGGCUGGCAGAUGAUCUGUACAAAUAUGAAGUUGAUUCCCGGAUGUGGACCAUCCUGAAGGACAGCCGCUUUUACCGCUACCUGCACACGGCCGUGGUGGUGAGCGGGACCAUGCUGGUGUUCGGGGGGAACACCCACAACGACACCUCCAUGAGCCACGGGGCCAAGUGCUUCUCCUCGGAUUUCAUGGCCUAUGACAUCGCGUGCGAUCGAUGGUCGGUCCUUCCCCGCCCGGGGCUCCACCACGACGUGAACAGGUUUGGACACUCGGCUGUGCUGUACAACAGCACCAUGUACGUCUUUGGAGGCUUCAACAGCCUCCUGCUGAGUGACAUCCUGAAGUUCACCCCUGAGAGAUGUGAAGCUUUUGCCAACGAGUCGUCCUGCCUGCGGGCAGGGCCCGGGGUCAGGUGUGUGUGGGCUCCCAACCCUCCCCGCUGCGUCCCGUGGGAAAACGCCACCCUGGAGCAGCAGCAGAAGAUCUUUGAAGACUGUCCUCCCAAGCCAGUUGUAGACAAUGAAAAAUGUGAUCAGAUUACAGACUGCUACAGCUGUACAGCCAACACCAACAGCUGUCAGUGGUGCUCUGACCAGUGCAUCCCAGCACACAACAACUGCACAGAGGAGCAGGUUCCUAUUACUCUCUAUGACAAUUGUCCCAAGGAUAAUCCUGCUUAUUACUGUAACAAAAAGACAAGCUGUAAAAGCUGUGCCAUGGAUCAAAACUGCCAGUGGGAGCCCAGGAAUCAGGAGUGCAUUGCUUUGCCAGAAAACAUCUGUGGAACAAACUGGCACUUGGUUGGCAACUCCUGCCUGAAGAUCACCAAUGCCAAGGAGACCUAUGACCAUGCCAAGCUGUCCUGCAGGUCCAACGGUGCUCUGCUGGCUUCCCUCACCACCCAGAAGAAGGUGGAUUUUGUCCUGAAGGAGCUGCAGAAGAUCCAGUCCUCGCUCCAGGUGGAUGCACCGUCACUGGGAGAACAAUUCCUUAAAAGGAUGAAAAGUUGUUCUGUCCGCUCUUCUCCACAUGACAUCCGAGACAACUGGUUGUCCUGCAAGUGCAACGGCCACGCGUCCGUCUGCAACACCAACACCGGCAAGUGCUUCUGCACCACCAAGGGGAUAAAAGGAGAUGAGUGUCAGCUGUGUGAAGUCGAAAACAGAUAUCAGGGAAAUCCUCUCAAAGGAACCUGUUACUACACUCUCCUCAUCGACUAUCAGUUCACCUUCAGCCUGUCCCAGGAGGACGAUCGUUACUACACCGCGAUCAACUUUGUGGCCACGCCUGAAGAGCAAAACAGAGACCUGGACAUGUUCAUCAAUGCAUCCAAAAACUUCAACCUCAACAUCACUUGGUCCACAAGUUUUGCAGCUGGCACACAGGCUGGGGAGGAAAUUCCAGUUGUUUCCAGAACCAAUAUAAAAGAGUACAAGGACAGUUUCUCCAACGAGAAGUUUGAUUUCCGCAACAACCCCAACAUCACCUUCUUUGUUUACGUCAGCAACUUCACCUGGCCCAUAAAAAUCCAGAUUGCAUUCUCACAGCACAGCAACUUUAUGGACCUGGUGCAGUUCUUUGUGACAUUUUUCAGUUGUUUCCUGUCCUUGCUCCUGGUGGCAGCUGUGGUUUGGAAGAUUAAGCAGAGUUGUUGGGCGUCACGACGGAGAGAGCAACUCCUGCGUGAGAUGCAACAGAUGGCGAGUCGCCCCUUCGCCUCCAUCAACGUUGCCUUAGAAACAGAUGAAGAGCCACCAGAUCUCAUCGGGGGGAGCAUAAAGACGGUACCAAAGCCCAUCGCGCUGGAGCCCUGCUUUGGGAACAAAGCGGCCGUUCUCUCCGUCUUCGUGAGGUUGCCUCGAGGACUUGGGGGAAUUCCACCACCAGGACAGUCAGGUCUCGCCGUGGCCAGUGCUCUGGUGGACAUUUCACAACAGAUGCCAAUUGCCUACAAAGAGAAAUCGGGCGCCGUCCGAAAUCGGAAACAGCAGCCCCCUGCACAGCCAGGAACCUGUAUUUGAUGCAUGGACAUCACAAACUCUCUAGGGUUUUAAACAAAAUGGAAAAGGAAUACCGAGGAGGAGGAGGAGGAGGAGGAGGAGGAGGAGGAAGAUUUCCAAGUUGUGUCCCAAGAGACUCGAAGCACUCGGAAAAAAAAAAACAAAACAAAAACAAAACCACACCUUCCUUGAUCCCGACUUUUUUCUCUCAUCUCCGUGCUCUAGUUGGCUUUAUUUGACAACUGCUCCACUUAAGUUUUACUGACAACGUGGCUUCAGGUUGCUCCUUUUUUUUUUUUGUUUUCCUUCGAGUUCUAAGUAAAAUAAUUUUAUUGCAGGGGGUGGUGCCGCCGGUCCCUGCCGGGUGUAAAUAGAACAGUAGUCCAAUAUGAAUGACACUCAGGUUUCUACAUGGAAAGUGCUUUGUAGUUCAUGUAUUUAUCAAACUGUACAAAAGAGAAAAAAAAAAAAGAUCCAGUGUUUACAGGUGUCAGCUCUCUCAACACAUAAACACUACUAUUAAUCUUCAAAGCAUCUCCUCAUCCUUUGUUUUCAUUUAGUGUUUAAUUCCUCCCUUCAUUACUCGUUUUCAGCGGAACUCUCUUCCAGGCACAGCCUUUUUUUGUUUGUUUGUUUGUUUGUUUUUUGGUUUUUUUAAGUCAUCACGGUCCAGGAAUCCAAAAGCUGGGAUGGUUUGAAGGUUGAUGUCGCUCAGAACUAACUGGAAAAAGUCGGAUGUUGCUUUGGAAGGACUCGGUGUUUACAUAGUCUUAACCUGCUUGGAGUCCACCACACACAAGUGCCUAGACUUGAACAGAUCUAGGGAGUGAGGAGACUGCUCCACAUGCUUUUGAACACCAUUAAAUCCCUUUGAAAUAUCUGUACGCUCACAUCCAGGGUCGCCCGAGGCGAUCCGUGUUCUCUAUCCCAGGAAAAUGGCAUUUUCCUGGCUUGACCGACCGCUCACCCAGGUGGAAAUACCUGGAGGGCAGGAGGAGUUUCAGCGUCUCACGAGCAAACUCCUGGUCCCACCAGCGUUUUUCCCAGCAGCAGUUUGUGUUCCAGGUCAGGUCCAUCAGAUUCCUCCUGAUUUUGGCCUCUUUCCUCCUCUUCCUCCCCCUUCCCUUCUCCCGCCCCGGAUGAGAGCUGAGUUUGGAGCCGUCGCUCCUCGGUGGUUACAGGGUUUGCUCCACCUCCUGCAGGGUGUAAAAACCAACACUCCACGUCCCAGAGCACUCAAGAAUUAAUUUAAAAAAAGAACUUUAAAGAAAAACCAAGCAGAGCAGCUUGGUUUGGCCACAGGUUUGAGGCCUGCUGGUGUUUCCCGCCAGGUUUGAGCUCUGGUGGAUGUCAAAGAAGUGGCUGGUUGGGGAAAGAGUUUUGCAAACAGCAGAGAGAGAAGGUUUGGAUUUUUUGGGGGGGACAUCAAACCAUCUGAACUGCUCUGGUGAGUCAGGGUCGUGUUUGGAGGCUCAAGGUUGGGCUUGAUGAGUUGGGGUUGUGUUUGGAGGCUCAAGGUUGGGCUUAACCCUUCUGCCUGUGUGUGGUGGUGGUGCCCGGUGUUUCCUUGGGAAGUCUGGAAUGUGGCCCAGCCAGGGCCUCAGGACGUGCUGAUGUUUUGGAGCUGGUGGGAAGGUCUUAGUGAAGGUGCCAAACUGUGUAAUUAUGGCUCAGUCACAGUAAUUUUGGGUCCAGUCACCGGAUUGUGUGGAGAACAUCUAAUAUUUAUGAAACGCCCGGGAAUUGCUCUUGGAUCUUUUGGUCAGGUGGCACUUUCCAAACUGAAACCCAAAUCACUGCAUCUUUUUUUAAUGCACAUUUUGGUGAUCAGUCACAUCAACCACUCAUUUUUUGGGCUGUUUUCCUUUUUUUUCCAGCCAUGUAUUUUGAGGAGGCUUUUCAGAGCGUGGCAGCAUCACAGCAAAGAUGUGAAGUUGCUGGCAGAGGUGAUGGGAACAGCCUGGUUGGUGGUCUGGGGACCCUGGUGGGUGAUAAUUCCAAAUUAAUGUGUCAUUUAACAAGUGCAGUGGGACUGCAAAAGGGUGUUGGGGCUGGAGAAAAACAUUAGGGAAAAAAAUUGCAUUUUAUAUAUAAAUAUAUAUGAAUAUAUAUAAAUGCAUCUGUUUCUAAACCAGAAGUUUAAAUGCCCUCUGGGAAAAAGGAAUUUUGGGAGGAAAAGGGGUGAGUUUUGUGUUUUAGGAUGAAGGGAUUUAGGUAGUUUCAAGUUUUACCUGAUGCACAGAUUACCUCAGGCAGAUUCAUCUCCUUCCUAACUUGCUCUGUGUUAAGGACUAACCUGAACUGGAGAAAUAAGACUGGACUAAAAUCCCUCCCCUGUUAUUCCAUGUUUUCAGCCACGAUGCUCAUCCUUAUGUUUGGAAAUGUCUUCUUCUUGCUCUUCCAACCCUUUUUUUUGGGAGGAAAACUGCCACCUCACGUGGAGAAAACCCUUGGGCUUGAGUCUCCCUAGUCAGGACAGAGCUUAAGGAGGGGCUUAAAGUUCUUGCUGAGAUUAUUCCUGAGCAGAAACAGCUCCCAGAACUGGAGGCCUGGAGGGGUGAUAAGAUUUUUUACAUUCAUAAAAGACAUAAAUAUUGAUUUUUUUGGGAGGAGUUUCCCACCCUUGGAGAGAUGGAUUGUCAGGUCUCCAAAGCCAUGAAACGAGGUGUCAGAUUUUGGGGAGAAAAGAGCAAAAAUGAUCAAAGUUUUGAGGUUUAGCAGAACAAAAAAAAAAAAGUCAGUAGAGGGACAAGAGUUAGUGAUAUAAAUAACAGGGUUAUUUAUAUAAAUAAAAGCUCCUUCAGGAUGUAGCUCUGCUCUGCAUCUGAUCUCCAAACCGAUGAGGGACAAGAGAACUCAUACAAGUUUCAUCCCAUCUUGAAGGUAAAACAGGGAAAAAAGUUGGAAGGAAUGGGAAUUUUUGGUGGUUUAUCACCAGGCCAAUAUCACCAGUGAAGGAUUUGUGGGAAUAUUUCCUUUGGAAGUGAAGUGAGGGGUGAAAAAGAACAACCUGAUUUCCUGGGAGAAUCUGUAAAUAAAUGACAAAUAACACCCGGAUUUUGCACUUGUACAUAAAAUCUCCAGCAACUUGCAGGACGUGGAGAGAUUUAAAAUGUGCAUAAACCAGAAAAAAAACCCUAUUGAAUGUAUUUUUGAUGCUUUUUAAGUGCUGUCUGAGUUUUGUCUUAAUAACUCCUUCGGCUGAUCAGCGUUAGGUGACUUUCCAGAGCUCGAAACAUCGGAUUUUAUUGGGGUGUCUUGCCAAGCAGGGAGGCAUAACUUGAUUUUCUGUGUUCAGAUGCAUUUCACUUCAGUUAAAAAUCAAGGGAAAGAACAGCUUUUCCUUCGAAAAAGGGGGAAAACCCAACACUUGGGAGACAAGGAAUAAAUGUCCUUAAAUUUAGUCACCAUGUGGAGGAUUAAGGCAGCAGUUUAAGCUUCUGUUAUUAAGAUUGUGGCAGUGAUUUCCAUCCAAAAUCACUAUUUUCCAUCCAAAAUCACUGUUUUCAGGUGUUCAGAACCGGCUGAAAUUCAGCAUUUGAUGUCUCAACCCUCAGAACUUUUCAAUUCUUUGAGAGGAGCCUUUAAAAAAAAAAAAAGAAAUAAUAAAAGCUCAGAAGUGUUUUAGCCCUUUUAUUCUGCUGGGAUCUCCAAAUAACAAAAAACCACACUUGUUUUUCUUUUUUAAUUCCCCGUUUUCCAUGGUUUUUAUCCCAGAAUUUUCUCUGGGCUGUCACAGCCUGACCCUGCCACGCUCUGGGUGGAUAUUUUGGGUACAAGAAGGUUUGUGAGACACGACUUUGGAGUUGUUGUUGCUCUCCCUGGGCUCAAAAAGUGCUGGGUUGAAGUUGCCAAAAUAAAGGUGUUUAACAGAAAUCAUGGCAUGGAGCAUCCCAAAAUUCAGUGGGACAGUGCCAUUAACACGUGGCAGCUCCUUUGGCUGCUUCCUUAGGGAUAGUUUAUGUCCCAAAUAUCGCUCAGAAACAUCAUUUCUCCGUGGUAAAUGUUCCCUAGGUGCAGGGUCAUCGGGAUCAUGGAAUGGUUUUCAGUGGAAGCUCAGCUUGUCCCGCCCUAAAUAAGCUGAAUUUUGAGGCUGAAACCGAACUUUAGGCUUUUCCCACGACCUGCUGGAAUUCCAGAGCCGCAGAGCCGAGGCUGGCUCUCCAUCCAGGCGUUUUCCAGCUGCUUUGCCUUUCCCACAAGACCCUGAGUUAGGGCAUCAGCUGCAUCCCAGGAGCCUUUUCCCUGGAAACUGGCACUGAGCUGGUGAGGAAACAAAGAGGGAACUCUGCAUUCCCGGAGUUACUCCCAACCUCAUCCACCCACUCCCAGCCAGCAGUGGAUGGAUGCCUCUGCUUCUCCCAUUUUAUCCAUUUGGGAAUACCACAGGGAAGGGGAGGGCUGAGCCACAGGAGCAGGUGGGAGAGGGAAUUGUGGGGAGUUUAUUGGGAAGAUCCUCAGGAGCGUUGGGGCUGCAGAAGGAAGGGGAAGGGUCUCUGUCUUAUUUUUGGGUGAAUUCUUGGCGAUUUUUGGUCAAAUUCCCGCUUUUCCCCUCGGGAGCUGCUGAAACGAGCCGGGUUUGCCACGCCAGGACUACGACAAUAUGUGUAUAUGCUGGUUUUUUGCUGCAUCAGGGCAGGUUUUAUUCAGUUUAUUCCCUUUGUUCCGACACUACCCACGGACUGUUUGUGUGCGUCUUCCAGGUACUACAAUUCCUUGGCCGUUCCCUCUCUCCGUUUGUCACUUGAUUCCACAAACCUCAUCAAGGAGAAAGAAGGAAAAAAAAAAUAAAUAAA